UGAAGAUGCUGGCUACAGUUGUGCUGAUGUUUGCUGUGUGCUGGCUGCCGAUCCACAUGAUGAACUUGGUCGUGUACUUUGACCGCGACGCCAUGCUUCCGGACACCACUGAACAGGAGUACCUCUACAUCGCGGCCUUCUUCUCCUGCCACUGGUUUUCGAUGGCCAACAGCUUCGUCAAUCCCAUCAUCUACUGCUUCAUGAGCGACAACUUCAGGGUGGACCUUCGGCAACUCGUGGUUGGUUGUUGUCCGUUGCUGGCCAUGCGCACUGGUGGCCGAUCUCUUGGCAAACGCAGCUCGUACGGGGGCGGUGGUUCCCUUCCUAGCAGCACCAUGAUGCUUUCGAGCACUACUUCGAGUCACCACCACCAGCACCACCAGCGCUGCAACGGAUUCUACACACAUUCGCCCACCUCGGUCGUGGCACUGAAGACGCUCGGAGACUGCGUUGCCGGCGAGGCCACUACGCUGCGCCUCCCUGUCUACGAGUAGACAAGCAUCUGCGUGUUCGACUAACUCGAGUCUCGUCGGCACCGACUUCGCUGCAGUUGAAGAACUCUUGGUCGUGGCCUGGGAAUGGGUUUGAAAAACUAAAGAAAAACGUCAGGUCGCGUGUGUCUGAGUUCCGCGAAUCUUGGCGCUGGCUUGCCGAAACGACGUCGACACUAUCGCUUUGCUGCAUGAAAAGGUGAACAAAAAUUUUUUUAGUGCGCUUUAGCAUGCAUCAUGGUGAAGAAUCCGACGUCGAUAAAAUUAUUACAGACGUGAGUUCGUAUACAGGGGGCCAGACCUAGCAGAUGUGUCGCAUUUUGCUGAAAAACAAUUUCACGCGACGAAUCUGCGUACCGGGAAUCUAUAAGCAUGUGUCUUGCAGCUGGGGCGAC